CAUUUCCUUAACAGCAUUUCCUGAGCUCAAUAACCCAGUGAUUUGUAAGAAAAGGAGGAAAGAGAGAGAGAGAGAAAUUACAGAUUGGGUCCCAAAAAACCCCCAAAGUUCCUCUGCAGACAGUGGGAUUAUGGGACAUAUGUAUCUGGGGUGUCAGGGGUCCCUGAGUAGGAGAAGUUCUCCUUUCUCUUCAUUGCUUUUCUGACUCCUGACUGUUACUGCUGUUACUGUUACUGCUGUUACUGCUGGUGCUUAGGGGGCACAUUGAGCCGUCAGUCUCUGUUCUAGUUUCCCCUCUGGAGGUGAUGUCCCCCCCAGCCCUAAAGUGUCUGUCACUGGGGCACCUAAAAGUUCUGGCACCCCUCCUAGAUCCCUUCCUCUGUGCCUGCCCCCUCCUCACUGACAGCUGAACUUCACUGGAGCUGCUGCAUUUCCAUGGGCUGCUUGGGACUGUGUAGGACACCCCGAUGCUCCCUGCAAAGCCCUGAGGGCGAGGCUACUGGUGCCCCUCACCUUCCCAACAGGAUUUAUCUCAUUUAAUUCCCUUUUUAACUUGAGGGACGGGGGGAGGAUUCUACCUCUCUGGACCAACUCAUGAAGAACAAGGGAGCCAAGACGAAAUUGAAGAAGAAAAGCUCCAUUGGUGCAUUUGGCUGUGAUCUAACGGAGUAUCUGGAGAGCUCUGGGCAGGAUGUCCCUGAUGUACUGAAGAGCUGCGCCGAGUUCAUCGAAACGCACGGAGUGGUGGAUGGAAUCUACCGUCUGUCUGGGGUGACGUCCAACAUACAGAAGUUACGGCAAGAAUUUGGGUUGGAUCAGCCCCCAGACCUGACCAGAGAUGUCUACCUCCAGGACAUUCACUGUGUCGGCUCCUUGUGCAAAUUGUACUUCCGGGAGUUGCCCAACCCGCUCCUGACUUACCAACUCUACAGCAAGUUCACCGAAGCAGUAUCAUGCUCGGUGGACGGAGAGAAACUCUUCCGAAUUCUGGAAGUGAUACAGGAGUUGCCUCCUUCCCAUUACAGGACUCUGGAGUAUCUGAGCAAACACCUGACGCACAUUGCAUCUCACAGCUCUACCACCAACAUGCACAUCAGAAACCUGGCCCUUGUCUGGGCCCCAAAUCUACUCAGGUCCAAAGAGAUAGAAGAUGUCGGGUGCAAUGGGGAUGCCGCUUUCAUGGAGGUCCGUGUCCAGCAAGUUGUCAUUGAGUUUAUCCUCAACAACGUGGACCAAAUAUUCAACAAGAUCCCGGCUGCUCCCAUGAAGCAGAAGGAGGAAUGCCGCGUGAUGAUGAUGAAGAGCUUGACUUUGCCAUCAGGGUCACUUCCCAUGAAGCUGGUCAGCCUGGAGGAGGCACAAGCCAUGAGUUUAUCUGCCACCCACCCUGCGCGGAAGGAGAGGAGGGAGAACAGCCUGCCGGAGAUUGUACCCAUCACUGGAUCCCUGUUCCACACAGUCAUUGACCUUCCUGAGAAUAAGAGGAAACUCUCCACCAAAUCUAAGAAGUGGAAGUCCAUAUUUAAUCUGGGUCGGUCCGGAACGGAAACCAAGACUAAAUUAAGCCGCAAUGGGAGUGUGUUUGUGAGAGGGCAGAAGGAGAUGAGUGAUAAAGCUACCAUUCGCCCAGCCAAGAGUAUGGAAUCGCUCUGUUCCCUGCCAGCAGAAGGAGAAGAUGAGAAGGUGAGCAGAUUCAAGAGAUCAGUGGCCACUGGGGGCUUUUUCAUACCAACACUGAAGUCUCGGGCGACUGGAACAGGCAGUGCUUAUGAUGUUAGCAAGCAUGAAAUUGAAUGGGAUGCAGAAGAUGUCACAGGGGCCACAGGAGGGUUGGGGUCUGGGCAGACAAAUGGCAAGAGCGCUCAACCUAAGCCACCCCCUGAACAGAUGAAAGUCUUUAGGGUUGGCGAUGAUCUGGAUAGUGAGCAGACAUCUCCAAACAUCAGGAAGAUGUUUUACUCCGCGGGAGAUGGAGCAGCCAAAUCCAGCUUUCCUGGUAGCCUUUUCCCUCUAGAAGCCUCUCCCAGGCACCAGAGAAAGGCCAUGAACAUCUCAGAGCCAUUUGCAGUGUCAGUACCUCUACGAGUGUCGGCUGUUAUCAACACCAACAGUACCCCGUGCAGAGGGUCUGCCAAGGAUAGGCCUCUUCUGUCCAGCCUGGAGGAGCUUCCUUUGUUGGAUCCUGAUAAGAUCGAUAGAAUCUCCAAAUCUGCCACGCUGGAGAAAUGUAGCCAUACUGGGAUCAAGGAAAAGCCUCGUUCUCCCACCAUUGGAAACAGUGAUAAGCAUGUAGGACCAAAGAGAACAUGUUCCAAUGAGUCCGAUUCAGAAAACGAAGAGGCGACUCUUACCAUCAAAGAGAUUUUAUUGGAAAUGCUGCUGGAGCAAGAGGCAAGUGAGGUGGCACAGAAGAAACUGGCGGCAGAACAGGCACCUCCACCCGCUGAUGAUUUACAGGCAGCUGCUAGCUCCCCUCCAUCUGGGCCUGACCCAGACUCAACAAGGUCACAGCAAGUGGAAAACCCAAAGAACCAACCAGAGCAAACAUUCCACAUUGACCAGGAGGACACGCCCCUCUCUUUUCUUGACCCUCUGUGGUCAGAUAUUCAGCAGGAAUUAAAGAUCAUUGAGUCCGAGGAAGAAUUUCCUGUAUCAGAGCCUUCAACCGACUUCAAAGAACUUCCAUCCCCCUCUGUCCUACCUGAAGGUUCUUCUGACACUGUUCAGCCUACCCCUGACUUUAGACAAAGUCCUCUUUUACCUGAAGUAAAUAACGGUGGUGCUGUUGUAAAUUUGUUAGUGAUUGACAAUCCGGGCAUUCAACCAAAUGACAGCCACCAAAAACAGGACUCUAUUCAACCACCCCAGGAAAGACUGGAAAACAUUCCUCAAAAUGCAGAUUUUGACUUGCCAGUGGAGGCAACUGAAAGUCUUCUUCUACCUCAGGAAAACCAGCUUUGCAAGGAGCAUGAAGGACAUGUCAUUGGUGAGAAAGAGAUUUGGAAUUGUGACACAGAGAAAGGAAAUAGCACUUUGGGUUUCUUUGAACCUGUGCCCAUUAAGAGUGAGACUGGAAAUUCCAAUCUGACACUAUUAGAAACCCAAGAGAAAGAUAAUUUGCAGGUUAUUGUAGACACAGCGAAGUCAAGCCGAGACAAGAACGUACAAAUGUUGAGGUUAGAAAGAAAAUCGAGUGGGUCUUUAGACAACGAUGAUGAACUUGGUGGAGACAAUGCACAGCCAUUUGAACUAGAAGAAUUCUGGGAAGAUCACCAGUGGGUGACAAGUCCACUGCACUCACCAAAAUUAAAAAACAUGACAGAUAAAGAUGCUCCGUCAAUCCAACCAAAACGUAGGGGAACCACCGGAGAGCUUUAUAAGAGGCCGGAGUUUACUCGCAGUCUAUCUCUAGACAGCAAAGAUACCCGAGCGAGCAAAUGGACAUGUAAAUUUGUAGGAAUAAACAGAGUUGAUGGUCUACUACAUCCCAGGUCUGAGACAGACAUGUCAGUUAAGCAGAAUUCACACAAUGAUUCUGAACAGUCAAGGCACUUGGCGAAAACGAUAGACUUAUCUCCGGCUGAAAACCAAAAUACAUCUAGUUCUGGAGAGAAUAAUAAAAACAAUAAAGAAAACGGGGGUGACUCAUUACUGCAAGUUCCACUGAUCAAGAGCCAUGAAACAUUUCAUUCAACUCUAAUGCUGCCUGCCAUACCAGUAAAUUCAGUAGAGGUGCAGAACAGAAAUGGGCCCCCCACUGUUUCUAAUUCAGAAAAAACUGUUGAGAAUAGCCAUAAUAAGGAGGAGGCACCAGGAAAACCCAAAACUCGACCAUCUUCCCUGAGCUUGGAUACUUCCAAUCCUGCAGAUGAAUUAUUUACGUUUGAGCGUGCAGCCAGCUGUGGUUCUAGUGAUAUAGGUGCUCAGAAAAUCCAUGCAACCACAAAAAUACCCAAUGAUAUAAAUCAGGGAAAGGGGGAUUCAUGGACUUUGCACUCGUCUUUACAAACCAAAGACAAUGACUUGUAUGUGCCUGCUGCUCACGCUCCUUCUGGUCGACGCAAUUCGGCACCUGUGAGCGUGUCAGCGGUGAGGGCCUCUUUUAUGAUUAAGAUGUGCCAAGCAAAAGCUGUACCCGUGAUACCUCCAAAGGUUCAAUACACCCAAAUUCCACAGCCCUUGCACACAGUCAAUACGGAUUCUGAAGUUCUUCCAGAGGAAAAAAAAGAGUUGUUGGCUCAGCCCGAGUGUAACUCCAUUUCAAGCCAAACUUUAGCUCCAUGCAAUGCCCACGUUGAUAAACCAAAGGUUCCCAAGCCUGAGAAAGAAGUUGUGGAGGAGAAGGAAAACAAUGAUCCAAUCUCAGACUCUUCUCAUCAGUCUCACCAGUCUAAUGGCAGCAGCCAGGCAGAGAGCCGUGUAGUUUCUCAAGAUGCCCCAAUACUUCGUCGCAAACGCACAUCUGAUGGGGAAGCUAGUGGAGACACACCUCUGUCAUCCAAAAUGGAUAGACCUUCUGGUUUUUCAAAACCCAAUUUCAGGUCCAGACCUGGAAGACCUCAAAGUCUUAUCCUUUUCAGCCCGCCUUUCCCAAUUAUGGAUCAUCCCUCUCCCGCUGACUCCAGAAUUCUUUUGUCGCCAAUAAAAAGUCCAACUCACACCACCACUCAGGAGUCGGCACUGGAGAACCAAAUGACUCCCGACGGGGUCGUACUAAGGAACAAACUAACGAUUCCCAAAAAUGGUCAAAGACUAGAGACAUCUACCAGUUGUUUCUACCAACCACAGAGGAGAUCCGUCAUUCUUGAUAGCCGGAGUGGGAGACAAAUUGAAUGAGGAAUGUUGACUUGACUUCCAAACUUUGUAUUGUCAGAAUUAAUAUAAUGUUAAAGUAUUGAGAGCAGUGUCGACAGGUCGGAGAGUUAUUUUAUUUUCUGUUGAUGUUUUAUUGAAUAAGGACACUUGGUUAAAUGGAGUAACCACUUCCUAAAAUAUUAACCAACACAUAUUUUAAUAUAAAAUGGAUGGCUUUGGUUGGUUGGUUGGUUGUUGAGAGACCUCCCAACGAUGGCUGGUGUUUGUUUGUCUACACGCCAAGGACCUUCAGCUUUUGUGCAUCCCCUGUGUAAACCAAUGUGAUGGCUACACUGCAGCGCAGUUCACAUCAUGUGCAUCCAUCCAAUCGGUAGGCACGUUUGAGUCAGACAUUUGGACUUUAUACCAUGUAUAGGGGGGUCAAUCUCCAUAGACGAGUUUCAACAUGCCCCAUCAUGCCCUGGGGCAAGCCAUAUUACAACCCCUCCUUAUCCAGUUUUUCCCCACCCAAACUCCUUGUUCUACACAAGUCAUAAGUAUAAAUAGGAAAGACUACCCAUAAAUACGAGGAGGGGAACAGGUCCACCAGUAUGGGAUUCCAAUGGUGAAUUAGAGUUGUAUGUAUUAAAGGGGUUGUUCACCUUUGAAUAAACUGUUAGUAUGAUGUAGAGAGUGAUAUUCUGAGACAAUUUGCAAUUGGUUUUUAUUUUUUAUUAUU